AUGGCUCGUGUCUUGCCACAUACCAAGAGCACUCCCUAUGAAAUUUGGAAAGGGAAGAAACCAAAUGUCAAGCACUUAAGGACUUUUGGUAGUAAAUGCUACAUCUACAAAGACAGGGAGUAUCUUGGAAAAUUUGAUGCAAGAAUUGAAACAAGUCAUGAAGAUACAGAUCUGGAAACUCACGAACCUGCUGCUGUUACUGAGACUGAUUUCGAGGAUUAUAAUCAGCCUUUCAAUCCUGUGAUACGCAGACCUGGUGCUAAACAAGUUCAGAAAGAUCACUCACCUUCUGACAUUAUUGGGAAUGUUGAAGACAAAUUGAGAACUCGACAACAAGUUUGUGAUGAGCUACAUCAAAUGGAUGUUAAGAGUGCGUUCCUAAAUGGUGUUUUACAAGAGGAAGUCUAUGUAAACCAACCUGCAAUAUUUCAAGAUCCUAUCCAUCCUAAUCAUGUAUAUCGUCUGAAAAAGGCUCUCUAUGGACUCAAACAAGCCUCGAGAACAUGGUAUGAUCGACUGUCCACUCAUCUUCUUCAAAAAGGGUACACUCGUGGUAGCAUUGAAAAAAAACCCUAUUUAUCAAAAGAACCAAAUGAGAUUGUUUUUGGAUCUACUUCUUACACUUUUGUCAAAGAAUUCCAUGAGGUCCAACAAUUCAAUGGAGGAAUGUUCAUCUCUCAAACAAAGUAUGCCAAAAACCUUGUGUCUAAAUUUGGUCUGGAAUCUACCAAGCCUAUUCGAAAUCUUAUGAGCACAAGCACCAAACUUUCCAAGGAUUCACAUGGCAAAAGUGUAGACCAAAAAUUAUACAGAAGCAUGAUUGGCAGUUUGUUAUAUUUGACUGCUACCAGACAUCUCUUUCAGUGUUGGACUUUGUGCUCGCUUCCAAUCCGAUCCCAAAGAAUCACAUCUACUGGUUGUGAAGAGAAUUCUUCGCUAUAUUGGGCAGGAAACAUUGAUGACAAGAAAAGCACAACUGGAGGAUGCUUUAACAUAGGCAACAACCUUGUCUCCUACCUUCAUAAUUCGGAUCAGUAUUUCUCCAAGGGUGCCUCAUCAGCCAGUUGCUUAUGGUCAUCUGACUUGAGCACACUGAUUGACCAUCCGCUACAUGGAUCAUGUCAAAAGCUCAAUAAAGUGAGCCAUCAAGUGGGAUCAGUCUUGGGUGAACAUAGUCUUUGUGCUUUAUUGAAAAGAGUUCACUUCACACCUUUGCUUCUUGAUGGUAGACUCAUUUGGUGCCUUUUAUCUUUCACCAUGACUGUGUGUUUUUGUCCCUGCCAUGCUUUACUUCACAUGCGUUUUAGACAGCGAUGGGUCUGCUGCUUCUUUCUCUCCUCACCCACAAGCUUGGGUUGUCUUCUUCAUCAGUCCAAUUCGAUCUCCAGCCCAGAGGUUCUCGUCUUCCCCUACUCACUGCGUCUUAUCUCCGUCAUGUCACGAUGGUCACCACACGAAGCCUUCGGCCUUCCUUCUCCGCUGCCCCUGACCACAGUCCAUCUCGCUCAUUGUACUUCUGGUGGUUUCUCCAUCGAGCAACAGGCCCUUUUGGAUUCACUCAUUGUACUUCUGGUGGUUCCUCCUCCGCUGCCCCUGACGCAUGUGCUUCUUUGCCGCAUCUGGGAUCAUUUUGAUACCUAUGGUGAGUUGUUGCUAACACUGGCAGGGCACAUUCAGCCACCUGAUCCUUCUUGUCCUACUCGAGCUCGCAGCCUCUAA